GUAGACUCCGACGAGGAGCGUUUCAAGAUUCUGGAUGCCGCGUAUGAGAAAGGCUGCAGGCACUGGGACUCUGCCGACAUUUACGGGGACUCCGAACUUCUCAUUGGAAAAUGGUUCAAGCGGACGGGUAAACGAAAUGAGAUUUUCCUUACUUCCAAGUUUGGCAUUACCGCGAAUGGAGGUCGGGGCGAUCCCGAGUACGUUAAACAGCAAUGCGUCAAAUCCCUUGAGCGCUUUGGAGUUGAUUACAUCGACCUUUACUAUCAGCACAAACCCGAUCGUAACGUACCAAUCGAACAUACCGUUACCGCGAUGGCUGAGCUCGUCAAGGAGGGCAAGGUGAAGUAUCUCGGCUUGUCGGAGUGUACGGCCAAGGACCUUCGUAGAGCGCAUGCUAUCCAUCCAAUCUCUGCCAUUCAGGUCGAAUUUUCUCCCCUCGUUCUCUACAUUGAAGACCCGAAGCUCGCGAUUUUGCAAACGGCCAGAGACCUAGGCAUCACCGUCGUCGCGUAUUCUCCAUUGGCUAGGGGCCUCAUCACGGGUCAAUACAAGUCCCCCGAUGACUUUGAAGAAGGGGAUUUCCGGAAAUCUAUUCCCAAGUAUUCCAAGGAGAACUUUCCCAAGAUUCCUGGCCUUGUCGAACAUUUGAAAGCGAUUGCGUCGAAGCAUGACGCGACACCUGGUCAGGUCACUCUUGCUUGGAUCCUUGCACAAGGCGGUGAUUUUGUUGUUAUUCCUGGGACGAAGAAGAUCAAGUAUCUGGAAGAAAACCUGGGAGCAGCUAAGGUCAAGCUCAUUCAAGAUGAGGUUGCUGCUAUCCGUAAACUCUCGGAGGAAAGUGAUGUUCCUGGAUCGAGGUAUUCAGCAGCCUGGAUGUCAUCUGUGUUGCAGGCGACGCCCGAGUUAUCCAAGUAACUAGCUUUAAGGGGCCGAUGAAGCACCACUCAUGGGACUAACGUUUGUACCAAUAUAUGUCUUCAAUAAAGGACAAUAAAGCUUCCGGACCAGAAUCUUCG